UGUCGCUGAAAUAAGUGUCAAAAUAUUGUUUACAUUCGUAUAAUUUAAAUAAUAAUAACGUUGUGUAAAAUAUGUCUCGACCUGAGUAUCUGGCACCGCCAGAAAUAUUUUACAACGACGAUGAGGCCAGAAAAUACACGUCAAAUUCUCGUAUCAUCGAUAUACAGGUACAGAUGUCUGAAAGGGCCAUAGAGCUAUUAUUACUUCCUGACGAUCAGCCCUGCUUUUUAUUGGACAUUGGUUGCGGUUCAGGGCUUAGCGGAAGCGUUUUGGAGGAUGAGGGCCACAUAUGGGUCGGAAUGGACAUUUCACAGUCCAUGUUAGAAAUUGCUGUUGAAAGAGAAGUGGAAGGGGAUUUGUUAUUAUCUGAUAUGGGACAAGGGUGUCCAUUUAGAGCCGGUACAUUUGAUGGGGCUGUUAGUAUAUCAGCCCUACAAUGGCUCUGUAAUGCAGAUAAAACUUGCCAUAAACCUGUACAAAGAUUGUACAAAUUUUUCAGUACUCUUUAUGCUUGUUUGAGCAGAUCUGCCAGGGCUGUUUUACAGUUUUAUCCAGAAAAUUGUGAUCAAAUGGAACUAGUGACUUCCCAAGCCAUGAAAGCAGGUUUUUUCGGCGGUGUAGUCGUGGAUUACCCCAAUUCAACGAAAGCCAAAAAAUAUUUUCUCGUUCUUAUGACCGGCGGUAAUAUGCCGCUACCUAAAGCUCUAGGUACCGAACAAGACGCAAACGGUGUUUCAUAUACGACAAAACGUGACAGAUUAAAGCAGGCCAGAGGUAAAAGCGUCAAAAAAAGUAGAAAUUGGAUUUUGGAGAAAAAAGAAAGGAGGAGAAAACAAGGCAAAGAUACGAGGGCUGAUUCCAAGUAUACAGGGCGUAAAAGAAGUGGUAGAUUUUAG